UCUAUUUCAUAUACAACUGUCAGUUGAACAACAGCCACAGUUAUGUCCCAUCUAGUUCGCGACUCUAUCCCGGCCAACAUCACCCUUCCACGGUGCCUGGCGUUCGUUAAUCGAGUACAAAAUCCCUUGGCCUUGCUAAAGACCGUAGAUCAAUGCGUUGGUUUCAUCAACUGGGACUUCACCACCAAGCUCUCAUACGCGAAACUUAUCGCGGUCGUAAUCAUGUACGGCUACCUGCUGGUGUCCUUCGUCUGUGCCUUAUUUCUGGUCGAUCCAGCGGAAGUCCACCCGGAUUACUACCUUAAAAUGUGGUUUUUCAUUGGAGCUGGCGUUGCUUGCUCAUUACCCUGGAUCACCAUGUUCCCGGCUCGUCACCACUUCGGAAAGAUCUUGGAAUUCUUCACCGAUCAAUACCGCCUGGAUCCGUAUCACCCGCUGCGGGUUCGAUCGCGGCCAAUCGUUUUCCUCUGCUCGGCGUUCUUCUUCACGAUCAACACCAGCAUAUCCGUGUUUUGGUGCAUCCUUCUCCAAGGCAGUUGUCCAAUGGUUUUCGCUUUCCGCUAUUCGAUCGUGGAACGGGUUUCUCCGAUUGUGUACCUCGUGCAAUGUUUCCACCUGGGAAUGACGGCCAACGGGACUAUGGUGACGGCGCUUACAAUCCUGCUGGCCUUUAUCGUGGAGUUUGAUGUCCUUGGAGAUGACCUGCGAGAGUGCUUCGAUACCAUGACAGUGGAUAUUAUUCGUCGUGGCGUUGGACGGCAUCAGCGACUGCUGGAUAUGGUGAACUUGUUUCGCGAGAAGAUCAAACCGUACUUCUUGAUUGCAAUGGGGCUAUACUUGUUCUUGGUGACGUUCUCUUGUUUUCUGCUGGUGGUUCAGCUGCGUGAAGGUGACUACCAGGCCCUACGGUUCAACGUGUUCAAUGCGGCUAUUUCGAUUGUGAGCAUUGUAAUGCUUGGAGCCAUCUGUGAUGUGUUGGAAGAUCGGGUCAAACAAGUUGGCAAGCAGGUGUACGAGUCUGGGUGGCCGUUGAAACUUGUCUACAAUCGGGAAAAACAGGACAUCUAUCGAUGGCAGAAAAGCAGUCUGCUGAUGGUCUUGGCACGUUCACAAAAGAAAGUUGGAUUCACCGCUGGAAACAUCUUCCAGAUGUCCUCGGUUACCAGUAUGCAGGCGCUGAAGUUGUGCUACACGGCGUUUACGAUGUUGUGGAAUGCUACAAAUGAUUAAACACCGUGUACGAUGAGUAGGUGUGACGUAGAUUCAAAUAUAAU